AUGCCAAGCCGGGCUGCCCAGAGCCCAGUGAAGAACAUGUGGCGGGGACUGGAGCUGCCGCUGCACGUGUCCGGUGGCGGCAGCGGCGGAGGCAGCAAAGACAACGUCUUGCCUGCUGCUUUGAGCCGUUUGAAAGAUGCAGCUCUUUCAAAUGAGGAGGAUUACAUCUUUGUCACUCCCGUUGAGGUGGACUCCAGUGGAUCGUACAUCUCACAUGACAUUUUGCACAGCGCUAGGAGGAAGAGAUCAUCCCCGAGCUCUAAGAAUCCCUUGCACUACCGUUUUUCAGCAUUUGGACAAGAAAUGCACUUGGAGCUCAAACCUUCUGACCUUUUUAGCUACAGUUUUACUGUCCAGGUACUUGGGAAAGACGGCAUUGCAGAUCUGAAAGACCACCACGUUGAACCGUGUUUCUAUCAGGGAUUUAUACGGAACUAUAGCUCCUCUUCAGUAGCCAUAUCUACGUGUGUAGGCUUGUCAGGUUUGAUAAGGACACAGGAGAAUGACUUCCUUAUAUCUCCAUUACCUCAACACCUAGCACAGGAACACAACUACACGGCACCCGCUGGACACCACCCUCAUGUAUUGUAUAAACGGACAGCCGAGGAGAAGGUUCACCGGUACAAAGUAGAUUCAAACCCCCAUCACUUUCCCCCUGGCCAUGGCAGAAAUCACCCUGCCCACAAGUAUCACAUUCAAGCGAACGAUUACCACCACGGAAGGUUUCAAAAGCAGCAUUUUUGUGGACGUCGCAAGAAAUACACACCUAAGCCACCCACAGAGGACACAGUCAUCCUUUCUGAUGAAUACGGAAGCUCGGCAAGAUUGAAAAGAUCCCCCAUUAAAAGCCAGAAGGGCGGAAGCUUGAAUGUGGAGACUCUAGUUGUAGCUGACAGGAAAAUGUUGGAGAAACACAGUAAGGAGAAUGUCACCACAUACAUCUUAACAGUGAUGAACAUGGUCUCUAGUCUUUUUAAGGACGGUACAAUCGGAAGUGACAUCAACAUUGUGGUUGUGAGCCUUCUUCUUUUAGAACAAGAACCUGGUGGAUUACUGAUCAACCAUCAUGCAGACCAGUCACUAAACAGCUUUUGUCAGUGGCAGUCUGCUCUGGUUGGAAAGAACGGGAAGCGUCAUGACCAUGCCAUCUUGCUUACCGGAUUUGAUAUCUGCUCCUGGAAGAAUGAACCAUGUGACACUUUAGGUUUCGCUCCCAUCAGUGGAAUGUGUAGCAAAUACCGCAGUUGUACCAUCAAUGAAGACACUGGGCUUGGCUUGGCGUUUACUAUUGCUCAUGAAUCUGGACACAACUUUGGCAUGAUCCAUGAUGGAGAAGGGAAUCCUUGCAGAAAAGCUGAAGGUAACAUUAUGUCUCCUACUCUCACAGGCAACAACGGAGUGUUUUCGUGGUCAGUGUGCAGUCGGCAGUAUCUUAACAAAUUUCUCAGUACAGCUCAAGCGGCUUGCCUGAUCGAUGAGCCCAGACAAACUGGGCAAUACGAAUAUCCCGAUAAACUCCCAGGGCAAAUCUACGAUGCUGACACACAAUGCAAAUGGCAAUUUGGAGGGAAAGCCAAACUCUGCAACCUGAGUUUUGUGAAGGAUAUAUGCAAAUCACUUUGGUGCCACAGAAUAGGUCAUCGAUGCGAGACAAAAUUUAUGCCAGCGGCCGAAGGGACACCUUGUGGGAUAAACAUGUGGUGUCGAAGAGGUCAGUGUAUACGGUACGGAGACCAUGGUCCCAAGCCUGUUAAUGGCCAUUGGUCCAUUUGGUCUGAGUGGUCUCAAUGUUCUCGGACUUGUGGAGGCGGCAUAACAUACCAAGAGAGACACUGCAAUAAUCCAAAGCCUCAGUAUGGUGGAAAGUUCUGUCAGGGCUCAAGUCGUAUUUAUCAACUGUGCAAUAUUCAGCCAUGUACAUCGAAUAGCCCUGACUUCCGUGCCCAGCAGUGUGCUGAGUAUAACAGCAAGCCUUUCCGUGGAUGGUACUACAAAUGGAAGCCCUACACAAAAGUUGAAGAGGAAGAUCUCUGCAAACUCUACUGCACAGCAGAAGACUUUGACUUUUUCUUUGCAAUGUCCAGCAAAGUGAAGGAUGGAACUCCCUGCUCUCCCUACAGAGACGAUGUGUGCAUCGAUGGCAUUUGUGAACAAGUAGGGUGUGAUCGUCGGCUUGGAUCCAAAGCUGUUUUGGAUGCUUGCGGAGUUUGCAAAGGAGACAAUUCGACAUGCAAGUUCUUUUCUGGCCAUUACUUGACCCAGCCCAAAACAAAUGAUUACUAUCCAGUUGUUACAAUUCCAGCUGGAGCUCGCAGUAUUGAAAUCCAGGAGUUACAAAUGUCCAGCAGCUACCUAGCGGUCCGCAACCUGAACAAGAAAUAUUACCUAACAAAGGACUGGACAAUUGACUGGCCAGGAAAAUUUCAUUUUGGUGGGACCAUCUUUGAUUAUCAGCGUUCGUUUAAUCUUCCAGAGAGACUUUCUGCUGUUGGGCCAACUAACGAGACACUUGUCUUUGAAAUCUUGUUACAAGGCAAAAAUCCAGGCAUUGCUUGGCAGUACACAUUCUCAAAGAUGAUCAACGAGAACAAGAUAUUCACCAAAGGACAUAGCUAUUUGUGGGUGACGGUACAGUCCGAUUGCUCAGCUUCAUGUGGCGGGGGGCACUUAAUAGCAAAAGCUGUCUGUUUACAAGAUCACCGCACCCGAGUUAAUUCCUCUUUCUGUGGCCCAAGGACAAAGCCCUUAACAGAGACAAAGAUCUGCAACAUGAAUCCAUGCCCAGCCUAG